AUGGGAUGCGCCGGAUCAAAACACCAGGAGCCAAAGAAGGAGAAAAAGAAAUCCACUACCGAAAUAGUUACGGACGCGCGAGUUACAAGCACAUCAGCGUUGCUAGUGACUAAGGAAACCAAAGUCACACAUGAAGUGUACCGAACAACAACCAGCAGUUCGAACAAUGCAAGAACCUCACAAACUAUCACUACUGCUGGUAACACCACCACAACAACCAAUUUACCGACGCGCACAUACACACAGGUGUAUGAGCGGCCUACGCUUACUAGGUCUGUCGAUGCAUCUCGGCCGUUCAGCUACCUUCAGCCAGCUGCAAAUUUCCAAGCAAAUGCUAUAUCGCCAGCUUCUAGGAAUACCACUCAACCAGUAAAAUCCCGUACGUAUGAUCUGUCAAAAAAUGCUUAUGUGUUGGUGUUCCAUCAUGACCAGUUCAAAACCCCUGAAAUGAACAGAGAGGGCAGUGCAAAUGACCUGAAGCAAAUAAAAGAGUUUUGCCAGCACUAUCGAUGCGAUAGGCUCGACAUCAACGAAAAUAAAACCAAAGCUGAGGUUAAGCGUAAAAUGGGAGAAAUUUCCAGGAAAGAUUUCACCAAAAACAGCUGCCUGAUAGUCUUUAUCAUGAGCCACGGAAGUGCAAACGAUACAAUUAUGGCAAAGGAUGGACAGUUCUACUCGUUUCAAGAUGAUGUAGUGGAGUACUGCACCAGUAACCGCACUUUAAACGAUAAACCCAAACUAUUUGUUCUGCAAGCUUGUCGAGGGGAUGCGACCAUGGUGGCCGAUGCGACACCCUCGAUGAGCUACAAAGGCGAUAUAAUUAUCUUUCAAAGCUCAUACCAAGGAGCUGUAUCGUUUCGAGACACGCAAAGCGGUAGCUUUUUUAUGCAAGCCUUCCUACGAUUGGCGCACGAGCACAACAGUGAGAGUAUUGUCAAGAUUAAUCCCCUGCUCAAUCAGGAGUUUACUAAUAAGAAAAUCCGGCAAACACCAACACUCAUGACAACCUUGCGGAAGGAUCUUAUAUUACGUCAUUUGCUUUAGUGAAAUACACUUCACGUUAUGUGAGUCUUUGUGACGUAUUGUGGUGGCAAAGUCAUUUAAGCCGCGACAUCACACUGUUACAGCGAUCCGAUAAAGUGUAACGCGUAUUUUAUGGCAGACAAUGUGAAACCUUGCUUGCAAGUUCAUUCAACCAUACCGGACAACAAAGCGGUACAACCUUCUCCUUAGGUUUGCUAUCAAUCGCAAUGAUAACUUUAUCUAGGGUCAAUGAGAUUAGAAACAAGUCUCCAGUUCACCACUGCUAUUAUUACAGAUUACUUCAUAUUUUUAUUGUAUCUAUGCGUCAUUGCAUUUUUACAAACGUAAUACAUUUUAAUCUUACAGGGUUAGGAAUCAUAUGAAUAGUUCUAUAAGUUAGAGGAAUGAUUCAAAUGAAUAUUAGAAUCGUACACGCACCAUGGUUUGCAAUCAUAGAAUGGAUUAUGACAAUCGAAAAAGGGAUUUUUGCAAGUUGGCUGGAGAGCAUUGCAAGUAAAAUAUUUUAAUUAAUUUUAUAAAUUUAUCAUGUUUAAUUUUAACGGCACGGCAGGAUUUAUUUAGUUCAUACUGUAUCCAGAUGGAUGCCAGGCGAAAACUACUCAACAUUUUGUUUUUUUUUUAUAAAAUAGCAUUGGUUUAACGUGGACGAUUACCACAGUUGAAGCUAAGUAAGCGUACGCUUGUUAAAAUGUCCUAUUCGGUUGACAGAUUUCAUUAUAUGAUUGCAAACUUUUCUCUCAGAGAAUGCACUAUUUCAUUAUAAGCCACUUUCCCAAACACGUUCGAAGAGGACCGAUAAUAGCAGUUGCCUAGAUACAAUGGUUGUUUUAUUCUAUUUCAUUAGUAUCCUGCAUAGUCACGCGUACAAUAUGACAAAAUGUUUAAAAAAUCCAAGGAAACCACAAUUUCAUGUCAUUUUGACAACCACUACGAUCGUUCUCGAAUUCGAUCGCGUUUGGGAAAGUGGCUGAAUAUGAUUCAAAGCCCUGUACAUGCUUUGACCAGAUUGCAACAACAACAACACAGGAGGAGAUUAAUUUCCUAAUGGAAUACAAUAAACACUUGUUUAGAGUGUUUUAUAUGCAAGGGUAACGCUUUGUAUAUCAUGAUACUCAUUUUUAUUUGAAUUUUUUUUAAUUUAAAACUAUCAACAUCAAUAUAACCGCGAAAAUGUUUUAAAGCUUUUUUAUUAUGUUCAUUGCGUUCAUUGUAUUGUAUUUUACAUGGAAUAGUGAAAAGUUAUUGAUCCUAUUUGUUGGAGUUCUAUUAUCCAGCAGCAAUUCUAAAAUAUAUCCUAAUCCCCUAAUUAAGUCUUGUGCAGAAAAUCCUACACUUUACGGAGCGUCAUUUCUUAGGCUCUUAUCGCUAUGAGUUAUGACUGAACUGCGAAGGAGUAACACCGCUCCGUUCGGGGAAUAUAAACGGAGGUAAAGAUUCCGGUGUACCUUGCAGUACCAUUAUCCGGCUCAUGAAUGGCUUCGGCGAAGAUUAAUUAUCGACGAAUCAAUUAACAAUUAGCAAUGUAUUAUUCACGAAAUUGGGUUAAUUAGAGUUUACACUCGCGUAGUGACCCACUUUCCAAAGCACAUCGGGCGAAUGCUAAUGGCUGCACUAAGAUGCUGCGUGCUAUUGAUAUUCCUAAUGAUUCAUUGUGCUAUGUUAAGUUUUGUAGAAACUAAAAUAAAUGGCGUUUAAACACA